AUGGUUAAGGCUGCAAAGAUUCUUGCUAACUUAAUUGUGAUGGGUUCUAGUAUAGUGGCAAGGGCUCUAGUUCAAGCAUAUCGUCAGGCACUUCAAAAUGCCUCAAAAUCGGGUGUGGCUCAAGAAACAUUACAGAAUGCUGUUCGUAGAAGCAGCAAGGUCAUGACAGAGCAAGAAGCUAGGCAGAUUCUUAAUGUCUCAGAGACAACCACUUGGGAGGAAGUUAUGAAGAGAUACGACACUUUAUUCGAAAAUAAUGCCAAGAACGGGACCUUUUACCUUCAAUCAAAAGUUCACAGGGCCAAGGAAUGCUUAGAGGCUGCAUAUCGAGACAAAGGUCAGGGUACGGGUACCCCUAGUUGA